UUUGAUCUUACCUGUUCCUGUAUCCAGCCGCGCGCUGUCUUCCCGGCUUCUGUAGUGUGGGCGCUCGGCAUGACAGCCGGGUGCCAGUGCGCAUGAGCGAGAAGCACUUGCGCUUUGUGAUUGGUCCGGCAGCUUCUGGGAUCUGUCAUGUGUCCCAGGUACCGCCUUAUCAAUCACAAAAAGCACCGCUUCUUGCGCAUGCGCACUUGGCACCCGGCUGUCAAGCCCAGCGCCCACACUACAGAAGCCGGGAAGACAGCGCGCUGCUGGAUAGAGGAACAGGUACAGUCCCGCUGCAGAGCUGA